AUGUCCCGGAUCGGCUAUGUGGCUCCUUAUUUCAUGCCGAUAGUGUGCUCCAGCAAACUUUGGAUCAAAAUCGUACUUUUUUUGAACUUUUUAGGGCUCUUUACGCUGGCGUAUAGUCUUACACAACUGCUUGUGUCUGGAUAUGAUGAAAACACCAUGUUCAAACCCAACGGCCAAGAUUACUUCAGAACAUCGUUACUCGGAUUCUUUUCUCCCUUGGCGCUAUCCUUCCUUCGAGAGUUCUUACUGGGCUUAAAUACGCGAGCAAUUCUGGUGAAUCUGUUUUUGGACUUUCCGCUUAAUGACUGGUUCAGCCUACUGAUUGUCUUUUCACUUUCUUACCCACAACUACAAGAUGCAAGAACUAAGGGGACACUCGAUGACACGGUUUGGCACAUCAUACCGAAACAAUCUGCAAUUUUUGGAGUAUCAUGGUCGUUAUGCGAAAUUCUGCUGUGUCUAGUUCAAAAUGCUCAAAGAUAUGAAGAAGUACCGAUGCCUGGCUCCUCCAGGCGUCAACUGGAACCUCAGAUGCUGCAAGAAGAAGGUGAAAUUGCCCGCAAAAACAUCACCCUGUCAAAAUGCAUAGAUGUGAAACGCCAGUCCUCGCUUAUAUCCGAAAACGUAUAUUCACACGAACGCCAGAAUUUGGCUCCGAGCACCGCAGGAGACGCUUCCUCGGACACUUUUUUUGUGGACUUCAACGAUAGUUCUAUGUCACUUUUGAGAGAUCCAGAACAUAGCCCUGGCACUCACGCCAUAUCGCGGGACAGACAUCCUUCGCUGCUCAACGGUACCGUCACAUACUUCCCGGAAAUAUCAUCCAAAAGAAGCUUUUUCAAGAAACUUUUACUAUUCAACCUGCUGGUGAUUGAUAGCAUCCUACUAAUAGUGGGGCAUUCCUUUAUUAUCUCCAUCUACUUCAUCUACGUGCCGGGCCACGAUCGGCUUUUCACGCCAGCAGUGAAGUUUUUUGGCUCUCGUACAUUUGGUUUUUUUAUGCUAAGUGUGGUGUGGCCUCUCUCAAUGUGGAGUUUCAUGACGAGUGUUUUUCUUUUCAUCUGGAACGACGCAGGCGCUGAAUUACUCAACCCUCUGCACAAGGCCAACAGCUCUUCGAGCUUGCACAUCCAUACCUCGCGGCCGGAAAGCUUGCAGUAUAUUUCCUCGGAUCAGCUUUUUGUGAUGAACUCCAUCUACACGCAAGACUUGGCGGCCUCUGCUGAAGAUAACGAGCCUUUCAUUUUGCGCGUUUUCCGCAAAGGAAUGUCUUCGUGGCGUUCUCUUUCUAGCCAUCACAGCUUCCAUAUUCUAGGCUUCACCAUAUGGUCAAUCCUGGCUUUUUCACUGGGCUGUGUCGCCACCAUUAAACAGUAA